ACGACCGGCGAGUCAGUCGACUAUUCGUGGUCUGUGACUCUGGAGGUAGCCCGACCACCGCAGAACCGAGCCCGACGCAGCUCGGUUGCGUUCGGUCGGUAGUCGGGGCCAGUCGGGCGCUCCGCUGCUCGUUUUCGGUCUGCUCAGUUUUCCUCAGUCCAUCGUGGUUGCGCAUCGUGAACAGUUGGGUCCUUCCUUCUUUUUUUUUGUUCUGUUAAAGGGACUGGUACGCGCUGGUGCCCUUAUUCCACGCGCUAUGUGACGGACAUCGCGGGGCGCCGAAGCGUACCCCGGACACGUUUUCUCUAUCAUUCCCACCCUGUCCUCCGCCAGCUACUGCUCUCCUUUGGCUCUCGUCGGGCCGCGAGAGAACGUGAGAAUCGCGGGAGGGUGGGAGGGAAAGGAUAGACAAGAGAGAGAGAGAGAGAAAGAAAGAACACGUUGUAAACGCAGGCACGUACAUAUACGCAGGCACUCGCCGACGAAGGGGCCACGAGGGCCCCGUGGAUUCGUGCCUAGGGAAACAUGGAGUGUCCACAUCUUGCUCAAAGCGUCCAAUUCGGCAGUAACGACGUAGAAGCAAGCUGCACGAAGGAUCUACCGUUCGUCUGUGCAGUAUGUGGAACCGAGAAGAGUACUUGGCUGUGUCUCUACUGCGGCGCGGUGCAUUGCGGACGCUACGUGUCGGGCCACGCGUUGCAGCAUCAUGAACAAGAUACUCAGCAUUGCGUUUGCAUAGACUGUGAGAACCUGGCAGUAUUCUGUUACAUGUGCGACGAGUACGUCGUGAACGACACGACGAACGGCCAGAUUGAGAAGAUCCGUCGCAUCACGUUCCGCAAGGACGAGCACAAGGAGAACGACGAGAACUGGAACACGUCGCCGUCGACGACACCGUCGUCGAGACGGGAGAACAGCGACAACGACAACGACGCGGACGCUCUGUGGAAAGCGGAAGUGGUCGUGAGGAACCUGCGGCCGAGAACGGCGAGGAAGAGGCUACACUCCCUGGAUGGGACAAGCGGGGAUAAUCGGCCGGCGACCAAGCGUAGAAGCUCCAAAAUUACCAAAGAGAAGAAGGUCGUCGGCCUGAGGAAUCUCGGCAAUACCUGUUUCAUGAACGUCGUGCUCCAGUCGUUCAACAACAUCAGCCACUUCUGCGAGUAUCUGACGCAGAUGCCGUGUCUCGAGGGCAUACCGUUCGACGAGUCGCCGACGCACAGGGGGCGAAUCGUUACUCCUGGAAGAGCGAAAGAGCUGAGCAUGAGCGACGCCCUCCUGGCCGAGGAGCUCAGGAAAGUUCUGCUCGGUUUGAACUUGGGCGGUUCGAACGGCCAAGCAAUAUCCCCGGAAUGUCUUUUCCUGGUGAUCUGGAAGGUCGUGCCGAGAUUUCGCGGCUACCAGCAGCAGGACGCGCACGAAUUUCUCACCUACAUGCUCGACAGACUGCACACGGAGCUCCUGCAGCUGCUGCCCAGACUGGGACACGAGCCUCUGGGUCUCAGGGGCAAGCAGAGCAUUGUCACAGCAGUCUUUGGGGGCACACUCCUUAGCGUGGUCCAUUGCAUGAACUGCCGAACAGAUUCCAAGACGCACGAGCCGUUCCAGGAUCUGUCGCUGGACAUACCGGACAGACUGCAACGGCGGACGAAAGAACAGGAAGAGGUCUGCAGUCUAACGUACAGUCUGACGAGAUUCUUCAAAGUCGAGGAGCUGGCGGACAGCGAGCUCUACUUCUGCGACAAUUGCAUGGGGAAGCAAAGGUCCACCAAGAGGUUCUGGAUACACAGGCUGCCUAAUGUGUUGUGCCUUCACAUUAAAAGAUUUAGGUGGUGCAAUUCUUAUCGGUCGAAGGUGGAUACGCAAGUGGACUUCCCCAUGAAGUCGCUCGACAUGUCGGCGUUCACGGUACGAGGCGUCACUGGAACGAAGUUAGGCGGCUCGAAUAGCCACCUCUACGACCUGGCUGCCGUUAUCGUGCAUCACGGUUCGGGCGCUGGAACUGGACACUACACUGCCUUUGCUGUUCACGACGGACAAUGGUUUCACUUUAACGACAGCUCGGUGCGACCAGCGACCACGGACGCAGUCGCUAAGUGCAAACCGUACAUUUUGUUCUACGUGCGGAAAGAGUUCUCCAUUCCACCCCCUUUGUGACGCCGUAUCCCCAGUCAGUCCCGUCCUGACGACACGAGCUUCGACGAUGACGACGACGACGACGAUGAGCGAUCGAACAAAAACUAACCGAAUUUGACUAUAAAUCUGAAUGGUGCAUAAUGUAAACGGCCAAAACGGAAGGGUGGCAAAGCCCUUCGCACUGCGUUCGGGUUUCUAAAAGAGGAACGGAGAGGUCUCCUGGCCGCGUUUCUGCCUCUAUUAAGUAACUAACAUGCUCGACAUCGUAGAACAGCUUGCCACACGGUACGAUGCGCGAGCCUGACACUCGAUAUCUUAUCUGUAUCGUCGUUCGAAGCGAAAUAGCUGAUUAUAGUCCUCGGCGACCUGAAAUUCGGAAUAUCGCUUGGCCUGCUAGCUCGUUUUCUCGGCGAAUUCGAGAGGUGAAGUCUCUCAGAGAACGGCCGUCAGCGGAAUGGCCCUUCCCAUGAUCAUGUAGGGGCAUGAGACGAGGGCCUCUCACGGCUCCCUUUCCUUUUUUAGAAACCGAGGGAAAGAAGAUUGACUAGAGGCGGAUCGCGGAAACGCGUUGCCUUUAGCGUUGGAUUUUCUUUGUGCUCCUUUUCGCCGGUGGCCGUUGUCCACCUCCUUUCAUCGAAUCGAUUAAAACCUCCUCGCCGCCGGGCCGCGUACCGGAAUCACGCGUAACCUCGUCUAGUUUUAACGCGAAAACGACUGGUCUUCUCGGUAGAUAGAUUUUUUCUAGGCUUAGUGCGCAUCGUUGUUUCGAAGGAAGAAAGAGAGAGAGAGAGAGAGAGAGAGAGAGAGAGAGAGAGAGAGAGAGAGAGAGAGAGAUUGAUUGAUUCUAUCGCAAAACGAGAAGGAAAAACAAGCGAAGAAAGGAAGAAACAGAAAAACUGAAACACACGCGUUAUCCUUCAUUAUCCUCGGAUACUUAAGAGGAAAGUAAGAGAUGGAACACCACGAAAAAAAGUGUACGCGGAUCAUUUUACGUGUGUAUGUCGCGUCGAAGUACCACGUUGUACAUGCAUGUAUGUGUACACAGGAGAAAAAAAAAACCACGUUCUCUCAUUUUCCGCCCCGUUCCCCUAUCCCACGAUAUUUCCCCUUACCCACCCCCGUUCCCAUACGGUUCUCGAAUGCUCGACGACUCUUAUGUGAUUAUUUAAAGACUUAUUUUUUCUAUAAUGGUAAACGAUAAUAACGAUGAUAAGUUAAAAAAAAGCGUAGCGGAGAAACGUUUUAUUAAGGCGAUAAACACACUCGAUAAACGCGCAUUCUUCGGCAAAAGACUCGCACGAUGCUCGUAUGACGAAUAAAAGUGGAAGGUGAGAAAGAGAGCGAGAGAGAGAGAAAGAUAGAGUACAGAGAGAAACAUGAUGGAAGUAAGCGUGCAACACUAUUACUGAGAAUAAAUGAGAUAUGUACGAACGACGUAUAAAUAAAGAACAUGAACGAUGAA